AUAGAAGUUAAAAUGCCAUCUUUAUCUCCAACAAUGAACCAGGGAACCAUUAUAAAAUGGCAUAAAAAAGAGGGUGAUCCGAUCAUUCCUGGUGACGUUCUCUGUGAGAUCCAAACUGAUAAGGCAGUUCUUGGUUUCGAAGUGGAAGAAGAAGGGGUCUUGGCUAAAAUUUUGGCAAGAGAUAAUUCAAAAGAUAUUACCGUUGGCACUUUGAUAGCAAUCAUUGCUGAUCAGAACACUGACUGGAAAACAGUCAGCAUACCAACUCAACAAGAAAAAGCUCCGGUCCUCCCAGCUACACAACCAUUAGAAAAAGUUUCAACAUUGUGUGGACCAGUGGUGAGGAAUCUCCUUGAUCAAUACCACAUCAAUCCUCAUCAAGUACCACAUACAGGACCUCAUGAUAUUUUAGUUAAAAGGUUUCCAUUUUUUAAAUUCUCAUUUUUUAUUAUUUGUUUGUACUUGAACAUGAACAGUCAUUCAACACUAAUAAUCGUGAAUUAA